UGAUUCUCCGCAAUCGACGUGAAUAACAUUUGGUAGAAAAACUAGUUUUAGUGUUAGUCAAGCUGAUUAGAUUUUUAUUUGUGGAGUGCUUACAGUCGAUGAUUGUCUAUAUAAAGAGAUGGGCAUGGAACCAUGUUACUAUCAACACUUCCCUCUCUUCUUUUAUUUUUCCUCUUUAGUAUUCAUGAAACAGAAAAAUGAAAGCCUUUUGGAAGAUAACGAGUACCAUUCCUAUUACUCUUUCUGUUCUUUUCUUAUUCAUUAAAAAUCAAGACAACGUGUUUGCGGCUCCUCCGAGGCUGCACUUGUGUCGUCCGGAACAAAGGGAUGCGCUUGUCAAGUUGAAGAACGAGCUUGAGGUUUUUAUCUCUCCCUUUGGUUAUAACUGUUAUGUCAAUGGGACUAUAGUAACCCCUCAUCCAAAGACGGUGUCAUGGGAGAUCAACAACGACUGUUGUACAUGGGAAGGUAUCACGUGCAAUCCCGAGUCCGGGGAAGUGAUCAAGCUAGACCUUAGUUGCAGCUACCUCCGUGGCCAGCUUCAUUCCAAUAUCAGUCUUCAUUCUCUAACCGCUCUAGACCUUUCAUCUAAUGACUUUAAUGGUCAAAUCAUGUCUUCACUUGGAAACCUUUCUCUACUUACCUCUCUCGACCUUUCUUAUAAUCGGUUUUCAGGCGAGAUUCCAUCUUCUAUUGGAAACCUUUCUCAUCUCACCUCUCUCGACCUUUCUGAUAACCAACUCUCGGGUCAGCUUCCAUCUUGGAUAGGAAACCUUUCUCACCUUACCCAACUCGACCUCUCUAGUAAUAACUUUUCUGGUCAGAUUCCAUCUACAAUAGGAAAGCUUUCACAUCUCACCUUUCUCGUCCUUUCUAGUAACCAAUUUGUUGGUCAAAUCCCUUCUUCUUUUGGAAACUUAAACCACAUUCUCUCCUUGGUUCUUGAUUCCAAUAUACUCACAGGCAAUUUUCCCCUUGCACUACUGAAUAUGACAACGUUGUCAUAUAUAUCACUCCAUGGAAAUCACUUCACCGGCACACUUCCUCCCAACGUUACUUCACUAUCCAAAUUAACCUUCUUGGAUGCAGCUUACAACGCUUUCACUGGAGCCAUACCUUCUUCUCUCUUGACACUUCCUUCCUUGCAAUUUUUUCGUUUGCAAGAAAACCAACUCAAUGGAACUCUUGACUUUGGGAAUAUGUCUUUACCAUCUUUUCUACGAGAGUUAAGCCUUGGAAACAACAAUUUAAUAGGUCCAAUCCCCAGCUCCAUUUCCAAACUAACCAACCUUCAGUAUCUGGACCUUUCCAAACUAAACAGCCAAGGCCCAGUUAACUUUACCACCUUCUCACAUCUCAAAUCGCUUUAUUACCUUCACCUAUCCAACUUGAACACCACCACUACAGUUGACUUGAAUUAUAUCAUGUCAUGUUUCAAGAGUUUAUAUCUAUUGGAUCUCUCAGGCAACCAUGUUUCCGUCACAAACAAGAGUUCAGCUACAUAUGAUCUGGUUAUGCAACCGAUACAAUCUUUGUUAUUAUCAGGCUGUGGUAUCACCGAGUUUCCGGAACUACUAAAAACCAAACAACUUCUCACCGAUCUCGACGUUUCCAAGAACAAACUCAAAGGUCAAGUUCCUGGCUGGUUAUGGACGCUACCGUAUUUGCGCCACGUGGAUCUUUCCAACAACAAUUUGAUCAACUUCGAAAGAUCACCAAGAUCUGGACCAUCUUUGAUGAUGGCGGCAUUGCUCGUCUCCAACAACAACUUCACGGGCAACAUUCCAUCUUUCAUCUGCGAUUUGCCUUCUCUAAGGACACUUGAUUUAUCAAACAACAACUUCGACGGUGUAAUCCCUUCUUGCAUGGCAAACCUCAGACGUACUCUUUCUGAUCUAAACCUUGGUAAGAAUCGUCUGCAUGGAGGUCUUCCAGAGUAUAUAUUUAAAUAUUUGAGGUCGUUUGACGUCGGUCAUAACCAGCUAACGGGAAAGCUUCCAAGAGCUUUGAUCCAUUCAACUUAUCUUGAAGUUCUGAACGUGGGAAACAACGUAAUCAACGACACGUUUCCUUUCUGGUUGAGUUCUCUUCCAAACCUAAAAGUUCUUGUACUACGCUCCAACUUAUUCCACGGACCGAUACUACUUCAAGCUCCCUUCCCUAAAUUGCAAAUCAUCGACGUAUCGCAUAACCACUUCAACGGAGCUUUGCCGUCAGACUACUUCGUGAAGUGGAGUGCCAUGUCAUCACUCGCGACUAAUGAAGACAAGUUGAGUAGAAAGUACAUGGGAGAUGUUUAUUAUUACGAUUCGUUGGUUUUGAUGAAUAAAGGAGUUGUGAUGGAGCUAGUACGCAUCCUCAAAAUCUACACGGCACUCGACUUUUCGAGCAACAAACUUGAAGGAAAGAUCCCAAGGUCCAUUGGUUUAUUGAAAGAGCUGCUUGUGCUCAACUUAUCAAACAAUGCUUUCACUGGUUACAUCCCUUCGUCUAUGGGGAACCUGAGAGCUCUCGAGUCCCUUGACGUUUCCCAAAACCAGCUCUCGGGAGAGAUUCCGCAGGAGCUAGGGAGUCUUUCGUACCUUGCGUACAUGAACUUCUCUCAUAACCAGCUUGAAGGUUUAGUACCAGGGGGCACUCAAUUUCGUAGGCAGAAUUGUUCUUCCUUUGAGGAUAACAAGGGACUCUUUGGACCUUCUCUUGACGAAGAUUGUAGAGAUAUUCACACGCCAGCAUCGCAUAAACAGUAUGAAACGACGGAGUCAGAUGAAGAGGUGUUGAAUUGGAUAGCAGCUGUAAUAGGAGCUGUACCUGGUGUUCUCUUGGGACUAACGAUUGGAUACAUACUUGUUUCGUACAGACCAGAGUGGUUCGUGAACCCUUGUGUCCGAAAGAAACACAAACAUAGACGCAGAAGCAACGCAACUCAUUAAAUGAGGCGUUUUAUAACCUACCUGAAGAAUCUGGAAGAUUAAAUUCAAAGCAACCACUAUGUCUGAAUACAAAUAUGUGAAGAUGAAGCUUGUAGUUUACGGUUAUUUUAGAAAAAAAAGUAACGCAAACUAUGUCAAAAUCCAGAUUGGUUAAGAACUUAAGAUCAACGUUAUUGUUUCUGGUUUAGCUUGGUUGUUUUCUCUUUUACUCUCUAUUUUCAGCCAACUUCUCUGUUUCUCUGUAACAUAACAACUCUGUUUUCCUACACUAAAAACUACUCGCUCUUUAGAUGGAAAACAAAUCAAGAACAGAGAAAACUAGUGGGACUCAAUCACAACUAAGAUUGAGAGUGUAAGCCUGCAAUAUGUUUUAUAAAUUGGCUAUGCGAAUAAACCAGAACUGGAUUAUUUUCAAGGCUUGACCCGACUAAAGAUGUUCAUUCAGGACAGUGACUCUCCAUAUGAUUUUGUUCACAACCAACAAUUUUUGUGGUACAAGGUGUCUAAUUAUUAAAAAUAGCAACCAACAAAUCAGAGUGGCGCAGCGGAAGCGUGGUGGGCCCAUAACCCACAGGUCCCAGGAUCGAAACCUGGCUCUGAUAGUUCUUGAUUUUUUUUUGUUUAAAAAGGCCCCAAAGCUAAACCAGUAUAUGAUUAUGAUUUAUGACCUACGAGCUUGGAAUCAAACCACGAGCCAAUCAUGUAAAUAAGCAAGGAAGAGCUUAAGGCUUGAGCCAAUCAUGUCCCAUUGUGUUCCCCACUUUAUUACACCUCUAAAAACACUCUUCUUCACAAAAAGUUAUAAAGAGUCCAAGAAUAUAUAAAAGGAAGCACAUAGAUAAACACUUC